CCGGUCUAUUAUUGGGACAGAAAUGAAACUGCUUCUCCACCCAGCUCCGAGAUCAAGGGAGGCUGAAAGGUCACUUGAGAUUCAAGGCUGCUCCAGAGCCAUAGAAAGAAAGAAAGAAAGAAAGAAAAGCUCAGCUCUGUUCAUGGCUUUUCCUGCCCACCCCCAGGCACUUAUACAGCCCCAGAGCAGAUCAUACGGUGCAGAUCGUGCAGGAGCGGAGAGCUGUGCUGCAUUUAAGGUGGAGCCCAGGGGCCCUGGAGAGAAUGGACGACCUAAGGAGAUUGCAGUGCAGAGGCAGAAUGCAGCAUUUCCAACCCCAUACAGAAAAACAAGGACCAUUCAGCACAGGGUGACAGGUGCUGGCCAAGGACUUUGUCUGGUCGCUGUUGCCCAUCAGCCCUUUGGGAAGGACCCCGUGACAAUUCUUUGGGGGUCUCUGUGCCCCGUGCUCCUUGCCAGGGUUCAGCUUGGCACCGCUGCCAUCGCCAUGGAGUUUGCAGAGCUGAUCAAGACAGCGAAGGUGGAGAACGUGCAGCUCUCAUGCCCCGGGCUCCCACCGAUCAAGGGGACGCUGUGCAUCACCAGCCAUCACCUGCUGCUGUCGUCCCAGCCCGGGGGCAAUGGGGAGCAGAGCACGGUGGAGCUUUGGCUUCUCAUCCGGAAUGUGGACGCUAUUGAGAAAAGUGUUCAGAACCUAGGCUGGUACCAAACCUCCAGGACUAACAGCUCCCACCGAGACACCAGGACUGCAAGUUCCUUGGGCACAAUCACGCUCAAGUGCAAAGACCUGAAGGUGCUGCAGCUGGAGAUCCCGGGUAUGGAGGAAUGUCUCAACAUCGCCAGCUCCACUGAGGCCCUCUCUUCUGUGGAUUCAGUGAUGAUGAUGUACCCGUUCUUCUACAGACCCCAAAGCAUGAAGCUCAAGGAUGGAUGGCAGCUUUACCCCCUCCAACAUUACUACCAACAAAUCGCCUCAGAGACAAGUGCUUGGAGGCUGAGCUGCGUUAACGGGGAUUUCACCAUCUGCUCCAGUUACCCACCAGCUGUAAUUGUACCAGCCACAGUGGAUGAUAAGGUCUUGAAGAAGGCUGCCCGGUUCCGCCAGGGGGGACGAUUCCCUGUCCUCAGCUACUAUCACAAGAAGAAUGGGACGGUGAUGCUCCGUAGCAGCCAGCCACUGAUAGGGCCCAACAGGAAGCGCUGCCAAGAGGAUGAGUUGCUGCUCAGCGCCGUCUUGGAUGGAGGGGAGCGCGGCUUCAUCAUCGACACCCGCUCAGCUCAGGCAGCCAAGCAGGCUCGGAUGAUGGGGGGUGGCACAGAGCCCAAGUCCUUCUAUCCCCACUGGAAGAGGCUGAAUAGGCCACUGGAGAGGGGCCGCCCGCUCCAGGAGAGUUUCAUGAAGCUGGUGGAAGCCUGCAACGACACUUCCCUCAGCAUGGACCGCUGGCUGAGCAAGCUGGAGGGCUCCAAAUGGCUGGCCCACGUCAAGGCGGCCCUGAGCACCGCCUGCCUGGCCGCCCAGUGCAUGGAGAGGGAAGAGGCCUGCGUCCUGGUGCAUGGAGCCGAAGGGACAGAUGCCACCCUGCUGGUGACAGCUCUGGCCCAGGUGAUCCUAGACCCUGACUGCAGGACGCUGACUGGGUUCCAGGGGCUGCUGGAGCGGGAGUGGAUUGAGGCAGGACACCCAUUUCACUGCCGCUGCGCCCACUCCGCAUACUCCCAUGCCCGGCUCAAGCAGGAGGCUCCCAUCUUCCUCCUCUUCCUCGACUGUGUCUGGCAGCUGGGGCACCAGUUCCCCUUCUCCCUGCAGUUUAACGAGCACCUCCUGCUGGUGCUGUUUGAACACACGUACGCAUCUUGCUACGGGACCUUUCUGUGCAACAGCGAGAAGGAAAGGUGCUUGUGUCAAGUGAAGGAGAAAACUCACUCCCUCUGGUCCUGGCUGAACCAACCCAGUGAGUUGAAGAAACACCUGAAUCCCCUGUACACGUACAAUGCCCUGGUCAUUUGGCCGUCCGUGGAGCCUCAGAGCCUGCAGCUCUGGCAAGGUUUGUUCCUCCGGUGGAUCCGAUCCUCUCAAUACUUAGAUGAGGCCUGGGCAGAAAUCCAGCGACUCGUGACAAGCUGUGAAGAUACCCCAGAGGGCAGCGCAGGGCGCACACUGUGCCACUCACAACCAGAUGCUGCUUACCCACUGACAAUCACAGGGACCGCAAAUGAAGGAUGAACCAGAACAUCGGUGGCUGCAACAGAACAGCUGCUGGCUCAGGCUCGGCCACAUCUCCCACCUAUCACUCAGACUGCUCCAGAGGCAGCGAGGACAGACGCUGCCUCUUAGGGAGUAGGGCUUUGUGCUGGUCACACGGGUCCUGCUGACAGCAGGCCAGGCUCUGAGCCGAACGCACCAGGCGCACAGGGAGCAGAGGACACAUGGGGGCAGGCACGGACCCAAUCUCGUGGCACAAUGCUUUGAGCAAUUACAAAGUGCAGACUAGGUUUGGUACAGUAAAAUGGUCUCUACUCAUGACAUCUCCUUUCAAGGGGGAACAUUCAGGGCAUGUCUACACUGCGAUAAAAAACCCGCAGCCCUGAGGCUGAGUCUGGGUCAGCUGACAUGGGGUCGCAGAGCUAAAAAAGAAGAUAUACAGCACCAAAACCUUCCUAGUGUAGGAAGUAACCGUUCCAUGAGGAAAGUCAGCUCAAGUCUCACUUCCUGCACAAAGCAAUGGGUUCAUGUGCAUUUGUCAGCUGGAAACAUAGCAGCCAGUAUUUGUUUUCUGGCUUGUUUACAGAUUCAGUGAUUCUGGGUAUCAGUGAAGGGGAGAUGCCAUUGGACAGUGAUGGGUGGGUAGGAGAUUUAUCCAGGGAAACAGAGAACCAAGCUGAGUUUACCCACAGCCACCGCAAGGACUGAUACGCUUUAACUCAUCUGGUUAUAAAAAAGAUUUAUAUUUACCAUUUCCUUUUGAGUUUAUUUUCCCAGACUUAUAAAUAUCUCCAGCAGGGCAGGAAGUUAGUGUCCACAGCAGCAGGGAGCAAGCUGGCCCAUUCUUCCCUCUGGUCUCACACCACUCAGACAAAGCAGCUGAUCCGACCAUUCCAGGUUGGUUUCUCUUUUAGGCUCACACCCUCAGCACCCACUCCCAAGAGCUCUAUGCUGCCACCCAUUGGAACAGACUAACUUUAAGUCCAGACAAAACUCCAAGAGAGGAGCCAAUGGGGGGCUAAAAAAAAAAAAAAAA